CUAUCCGUACCGUCAUCGCAAUCACAGAAGCAUGCUUUUUGUGAGCGAUGUCCGUGUUUUAUUUCGUCGAACCUUAGCUUUGUCCCGCUGCCGCUAUAAAGUCCAGCCAAAGAACUUGAAAGGCAAAAGCAGGACAGCGCAGGACUGGCUGACAAGGCAGCUAAACGAUCCGUACGUAAAGAAAUCUCGCUACGACAAUUAUAGAGCCAGGAGUGCGUACAAGCUCCUCGAAAUCAACGAAAAGUUCAAGAUACUGAAACCGGGCCACGUAGUCGUUGAGUGCGGAGCCGCACCAGGGUCUUGGACGCAAGUAGUGGUUGAGCAAGUCAAUUCUGACGGGAAAAACGCUUGUGCACCCGUAGGAAAAGCCAUCGCACUCGAUAUAAUCAUUUUUGACCACGUUCCCGGAUCGACAAUCCUUUGUCCCGCCAAUUUUCUCCUGCCAGAGUCACAAGAACAGAUCUUGCACCACCUUGAUGGGAAACGCGCAGAUGUCGUCCUCAGUGACAUGGCACCCACUGCUUCAGGCAUCAAGGAACUUGACCACGAUAGCAUAAUCUCACUCGCAUAUUCUGCAUUCAUCUUCAGCAUUAAAGUACUUCAAGUUGGAGGCACAUUCCUCUGCAAAGUUUGGGACGGGGGUCGUACGCCAAAGCUUUCGGAAGACAUGAAGGCCUUUUUCAAUUAUGUCAGUUACGUCAAGCCGCACGCGAGUCGCAUGGAAUCUGCAGAGUUGUUCCUAUUGGGAAGAGAGUUCAAGGGUGCCGAGAAAGUGUGACGCCUCG